UCCACCACAACACAUUUUGUAAUCAGAGGCAGAGCAAAAAUCUUCCCUUAAUUAAUUUAUCCCAUUUAUUAACUUUCCCCCCCUUUUCCUUAAAUUUUGUUUUCUACCUUCAUUAUCCGAUCUUCACACAUUAAAACUUAAACUCAACUCUCUUUUUCAUCUUCUCUCUCCUCCAUUUUUCGCUCGCUUUUCUCUAUAGAAACUUCUAUUCUACGGAACUUCAUCUUCUCCAACAAAGGGGGCAAAGAACCCUAAUCUAUCCAUCUUUUCUACUUAUAUGAUCGAACGUUUUUUUUUUCCAGUAUGAUUCGAUUGUAAACUACUUCAUAUUUCGUAAUUUUCACUUUAUAGUUUCAAUUGAUUGAUUUUUUUCCCAAUCGUAAAUACUGUAUAUUUGUUCAUAUUACCUAGAAAAAUAUCUUAAUUUCAUUUUAAAUCAAUCAAUUUCAUUUUUUUUCCUGAUUUUUUGUUCUGGAUUUUUCUGUUUGAUUAAUUAGGGUUUGGCUGAUUUUUUUUAAAAAUAAAAAAACUGCCGAUUUUUCCAGAAAGGGGAAUUUGUGAAAUUUUAUGGGCUUCAGAAAAUUGGGGAAGAACACGAGUUUAUGAUCAAGAAAGAUUAAACUGGAGGAAAUAAUUCCUAACCCACCACCAUAAUACUGUUUCCCCUUGCUGUGUCACCUCUUCUUCUGAGGGGGGUUGAUGAGGAAUGAAGGGAAAAAAUCUCGGGGAGGAGUGGCAGCUGCUACUUCUUCUUCACCGGGCCGGACAAAUGGGUUCAUCCCGAGCUCUUUCCGGGCUAUUUCGAGUUACAUGAGGAUUGUUUCGUCUGGUGCUUCUACUGUCGCUUCCACUGUCCGGUCAGCGGCUUCGUCAAUUGUGGUGGAUAGGGACCACGACUCUCGAUGUGAUCAGGUGCUUUGGGCUGGGUUUGACAAGUUGGAAUUGGAAGGAGGCAAUGUACGGCAGGUCCUGCUGCUGGGUUACCGAUCUGGUUUUCAGGUAUGGGAUGUGGAGGAAGCACACAAUGUUCAUGACUUGGUGUCCAAACAUGAUGGUCCUGUUUCAUUUUUGCAAAUGCUGCCAAAACCACUGCCAACUAUGGCAUCUGAAGACAAAUUUUCUGACAGUCGUCCUCUGCUGGUAGUGUAUACAGAUGGAUCUCGUCUUCUGGAUGGGAAAAGUGCUCCUUGCAAUGGAAGCAUUUCCAAUGGCAAUGUUCCUGGGAAUGGCCUCUAUGGCCCUUCCACUGUUCGAUUUUAUUCUCUAAUUUCCCGGUCUUAUGUACAUGUUUUAAAGUUUAGAUCAGUUGUUUAUUCUGUUAGGUGCAGUCCUCGGGUCAUAGCUGUUUCUCAAGCCGCUCAGGUGCACUGUUUUAAUGCUGCUACCUUGGAGAGGGAAUAUACCAUCCUUACAAAUCCUGUUGUAACUGGCUUUCCUGGUUCUGGUGGUGGCAUAGGCUAUGGUCCACUUGCGCUGGGUCCUAGGUGGCUGGCGUACAGUGGAAGUCCAAUAGAUGUUUCAAAAGCAGGUCGUGUCAGUCCACAGCAUUUGACACCUUCAGCUACCUUUUCCAGUUCAGCGUCAAAUGGUAAUCGUGUGGCUCAAUAUGCAGUGGAGUCCAGCAAGCAUCUGGCUGCAGGAAUUGCGACCCUGGGGGAUAUGGGUUAUAAAAAGCUAUCCCGAUAUUGUUCUGAGCUGUUGCCUGAUUCUAAUUCCUCGGUUCAAUCUGGAGUUACUGGAAGUAAAGUCAAUGGUGCUGUUAAUGGGCAUAGUGGCCAUCUGCCUGACAUAGAUAGUGUUGGAAUGGUCAUUGUGAAAGAUGUCGUCAGUAAAAGUGUGAUCACUCAGUUUAAAGCACACAAAAGCCCUAUUGCCGCAUUAUGUUUUGAUCCUAGUGGGACUCUAUUGGUGACGGCUUCAGUUCAGGGCCAUAACAUUAAUGUUUUCUGCAUUAUGCCUGGACAUCCUGCAUCUGAUGCCAGCGGAUCCUGUUUCCAUCUUUACAGGCUGCAACGUGGCCUUACUAAUGCGAUUAUACAGGACAUAACUUUCAGUUAUGACAGCCGUUGGAUCAUGAUAAGUUCUUCUAGGGGCACAAAUCAUCUGUUUGCUAUCUCCCCUUUUGGUGGUAAUGUGGAUCUUCAGUUUGCAGAUACUUGUGUUGAAAAUAAUGGAUUUAGUGUCGCAAGCAAUCAAGUAGUUCCAUGGCAACCUCAACCUGCUGGUCAAAUAUUAAAUCAGAACAAUCUUUUUGCAUCUGGCCCACCUGUUACUCUGUCUGUUGUUAGCAGGAUAAGAAAUGGGAAUAAUGGUUGGAAAGGCACUGUCAAUGGUGCUGCAGCUGUUGCAACAGGCAAGAACAGUUCACUCUCUGGUACUGUUGCCGCUGCUUUCCAUCUUUGCAAAGAUAACGACAUGAAUGCAUGUGCUUUGAAGUCUAAGUACCACUUACUGGUUUUCUCUCCAUCGGGUAGUUUGAUCCAAUAUGCACUGCGAGUUUCUUUUGGGCAAGAUGCCAUUUCUGGAGUUGGUCAUGCUUAUGGAUCAGCUCCAGGCAAUGAUUCAAGAUUGAUGGUUGAGGCUACUCAAAAAUGGAAUAUUUGUCACAAACGAAGGGAAAGAGAAGAUAACUUUGAUAUAUACGGUGAAAAUGGUAUCUCAGAUUCUACUAAAAUACAGUGCGAAGGGACUAGAAAUGGAUAUGUUGCUAGAGAAAAUAUAAAUGCUGAAGAAAGAAAUCAACUUUAUAUUUCAGAAGCUGAACUGCAAAUGCAUGAACAGCAGGUCCCACUUUGGGCAAAAUCUGAGAUUUACUUUCAGUCAAUGAUGAACGAUGCCAUUAAGAUAGAAGGUGCAAAGUCUGGAGGAGAACUGGAGAUAGAAAACAUUCCCUCACGGCCGAUUGAAUCUAGGUCCAAGAAUUUGGUUCCUGUUUUUGAUUAUCUGGAUAAUCCCAAAUCUCAACUGACAAGGGUUGCCGCUGCUGAUAGUAGUAAUUUUGAAGCAUAUCAGCUGCCGCAAAAUGGAAAUCUUUCCUUUGGUGGCAGGCCGCGUGCUUUUGGCUUGAUGACUGAAAAUGGUGUUGAAGUCCGUCAUGGUGUUGGAGGAAACAAGUAUGGUCCAUUGAAGCCUGCGGAUGCAACAGUUGGCUAUGUAAAUACUAAUGACAGCCCUAAAAGAAAGUCAUCUGAGCUUCAGAUUGUAAAUAAUAGUGAUAGAGAGCACCUGUUCCAAGCCUGUAAAUAAACUACAAAGAAGCCUUGAAAAUGGAGAAUCAGUUUAAAGGCAAAGAUUUGAGAGUUUGAUUAGAGGAUGCGGCUAUUCUUUUAUUCUCAAGGUGUUUGAUAAGUUAUUCGUGUUUAUAUUUACGGUGAUAUCUUUAGAGGAGUAAAGCAUAUCAUUGUGAUCAUUCUGGGGCUCAAAACUUUGUUAAUAUUUUGGUGUUGAGCGGUUUCCUUAUAUUGGAAUUUGUAAAUAAUAGUUGUUCUUGGCAAUAACUUAUACUGUGUACAUAAUAGCUUAUUUAUAUCGUCUCGUUUCUUCGUUA